UUGAAAUUCGGCAUGUUUGACCGACCCAUGCCAAACUCUAAUUAUUCUUUACUUUUAAACUUUCUAUUUGAAAUAUCGGCACCCUCUUUUAAUUACCACUGAAAUACCACAUGAACAAUAAAUGAGUUGUUUAACUCUACAAAUACCAUAUUGACAACUAACUCAUCCAAACGAAUUAAAAAUUAGAGUGCAAUUGAAGGAGUGGGGGAUUAUUGAUUCGGAUGUAUGCUUGCUAUGUCAUAGCUAGCUGAUAGGUGUUUAACUAAUUUGUGGCUCUGGUAUAGAAGGAGAGAUGCAAUCGAGCAUUUACAACAGCAAAAAGAACCCGACCACGAACCGGCGGAAGCUUCUGAUUCUGGCCCUCGGCGGAUUGCUCUGCGAUCGUGUCCUCAGGCGAGAAAAUCAGAACCGACUCGUCGCCGCCACUCGCCCUCACGAUGCAGCCUACGGGAGCUUCGUUGUUUACAAGCGGCCACACUGUCAGGAGUUCUUGAAGUUCUGCUUCGAAAGGUUCGACGUUGCAUUUUGGACCGCGGCUAAGAGAUGGUAUACGGACAACGCCUUAGACUGUGUGAUGAAUGGGUUGAAGAAAAGUGACAUCAUGUUCGCUUGGAAUCAGGAUCGAUGUAAUGACUCCGGAUUCAAGACUCUGAACAAGACGGACAAGCCUCUGUUUCUGAAGGAGCUGAAGACGGUUUUGGAUAACCUUUUUAUGGUUCGUAAUGCCUCGUAUUUGGCUUUGAAUACCGUAAUGAUCGAAGACGAGCCUUACAAGACACUUCUGAAUCCUCCCAAUACUGCGGUGUUCACUACCGAGUACAAGUUUGAGAACAUGAGUGACAAUGUACUAGCUCCAGGAGGUGAACUGUGGAUGUUUCUGGAUGGGCUAGCGAGAGCAGGCGAUGAUGUCCCGUCUUACGUGAAGGCCCAUCCAUUUGGGAAGCCUGCUAUCACUCCAGCCCAUUCUGAUUGGGCUUACUACAAAAAGAUAAUCCAGGCUCAUGGUGGAAGUUGUUGAUGAUCACCACUAAAUUUGUCAUUUCCCUUGUUUUCUUUUAUAUUUGCUGCUUUCGGUUGGAUUUUCAAUUUUGGCUGGACUGAUGAAUGGUCUAGUGUUAUCAACUUUGGAAUUCGACUUCCAUGAUCAUGUCGUUGGUCUAAAUUAGUCUUAAAUUAUACUUUCCCAAUAAUAUGAUAUAUAGCUAGCUAUAAUAUAGAAGAAAUCAUUAUUCUUCCAAGUUCAUAUUUCAAACUUCAUGCACAAUAGGUUAGCGAAUCAUGCACUAAAGAUUAAAUCACUUUAUUGUAGAUUCAAUAUAGAUAAAAAUUUAUAUAGUCUUAAUCUCUGUAUAACCAAAAGACUUUGCCAAUGCUUUAGCUAGAAGAUCCACAACUAAUGAACCAGAAGAAUUCAAUAGUUCCUCAGCUGCAACCUUAAAAGCAGGGAUCACACCGUCUGAAACUUAGGUUAUUGUUUGAGCUGCUUGUAGGGCAACAAAUUGGUGGAUAUCAGUAGCUUGAAGUGCAACUACAUGUUAAAAUUGUUACCAGCUUCCCUAUGUAUCUUGGAAAUGUUAGCCCUUCUUGGAUCAAUGAGCAUCACAGUGACCCUAAUAUUGUGUGCUCUUCCUGUACGUCCAGAUCGAUGAAUAUAAGCUUCAACAUUACGCGGAGGUUCACAUAGGAUAAUCAACUGCACAUCAUUGAUAUCCAAUCCCCUUGCAGCCACAUUUGUGGCAACCAGUGUCAAGAACUUGCAGGACUUGAACCAAGAAAGAAUUACCUCUCGUCGAGAUUGUUGUAUGUCACCAUCUAGCAGUUCUUUUCUUCCUUUGUUUUGGUUGUUUUUUGGUUGGUUCUUAUCUUGUGAACCACCUUUUUUUUCUUCAUUUUUUUGUGUCUUGUAUGUACUGCUCCUCUUUCGUUUCUGUUUUAAUGCAUUCCAUCACCAUUAUCAACAUAUAGAUAAAAAGCAUUAAUUCACCUCUAUUACUAAACUUAGGAAACACUUCCUUCCAUCCACAAUACUUUAUCAUUCCAAUGCUUUUAUCUUACUAGACUACGGAUAUUGUAUAAUUCUUCACACUUUCUAGCCUUCUAUAUUCUAUAGACCAUAACUGAUUUUUUUUAGUUGUUAUGAACUUGUUCUUCAAUUCCAUCUUGGCAUCAACAUCCUUCUCGUUCCCUUUCCUUUAUCAUAGUAGGUUACUUCAUCCACGACCAAAUUAAACAAGAGAAAACUAAUUUUCCUUUAUUUAAGCACCGGUCAUUCCUCUUCCUUUUAAAUUUAAUUUACUCCAACAUCUCAUUACAAAACACACCUCAUGACUAGCAGAUCUACAAAUGUAUAUCAACCAUACACCAAAACAAAAACGGUAGUGAAAUAAUAUCAUAACUCUUUUGUGACUAAAGCUAAUAUAUCAUAUAAACAUGACAGGAACAAAAACUACCUGUACAAUUCUCGCAAAGUUUCUAAAAUGGAAGCAACCAAAGCCUUAUAUAUUGGAGUUGAUCACAAGAACCAACUGAACAUGCCCUUAGCAUGCUAGCCAAACACACCAUUUCAUCAUUUGGCAAGCUUAUCACCAAUCUCGUUUUUUCUUUGAGUUGUAGGUAUAUUUGGAACUCAAACUUUGGGUUUAUUCUAAUAAAAGUCCUUUGAAAAA